AGGAGCUGGACCCUCUCUUGGGCCUGUUUCUACGAGUCAAGUAAGGGACGUUGCGAGGCGGCAGAUUAUCUGAUCCUUUGAAUCUUUGUUUCUUGUUCGAUUUUCCUUCUUUGGUUGCCUUUUUCUCUUUCUUUUACUCUAUCAGAAUUAGUAGCCAAAACCUUUUUUUUUUUUAGAGACCAGCUAGCUUCCUGCCCCUCCUUCCCUCUCUUUGCGGUCCCACCCCCCUCCUUCCUAUACAGUAUCAGCAACUCACGAUUGGUCUAACUCGCACCUCGCUCGCAAUCAGGGACAAAGGCCAAAUCCCCAUACGGUGUGACUAUUGACUUGAGGGGACUGCCCGAGUUGGUCCUCCAUUCUCCUUGAAUCGUGAUCCAAAAGACGUUCCCUUUCUAUCUCUCUUCCUCUCUCUGUGAUUCCUCCCACAAGUCUUUGCCAACAAACAAAAAGGAAGGGGAAGAAUGGGCUCUUCAACAACACCACUCCGCCUCGCCAUCUUAGAGGCUGACACGCCACUACCCAACACCAAGGCCAAGUUCCAUGGCUACGGCGGCGUCUUCACCGACCUCUUCCGCCGCGCCGUUGCUCCGGACCCGCUGGAGACGCAUCUGCGCAUCACCACGCACCACAUCGUCGCCGACGGCCCAGGGGGCGACGCUGACGCUGCUGCCGCGUACCCAGACCUGGCCGACCUGGACGCCAUCCUCGUCUCCGGCUCCAAGCACAGCGCCUACCUCGACGAGCCCUGGAUCAACAGGCUGAUCGACUUCACCCGCAAGGCUCUCGCCACGAAUGGGCGCGUCAAGGUCGUCGGUGUGUGCUUUGGUCACCAGAUCGUCUCCCGCGCACUGGGCACUCGGGUCGCCGUCAAUGAGAAGGGCUGGGAGGUUAGCGUGACCAACCUGAAACUGAGUGAGAAGGGGAGGGAGCUAUUCGGAUCAGACACCCUGAAAAUCCACCAGAUGCACCGUGACAUCGUCUUCGGCACCCCAGAAGGCGCCGAGGAUCUGGCGGCCACCGACGUCUGCUCCCAGCAGGGCUACCUGCUGCCGGGCAAGGCCAUCACGGUACAGGGCCACCCAGAGUUUACCGAGACCAUUGUGUCCGAGAUCCUGGGUCUGCGCCAUGACACCAAGAUCUUCAGCGACGACAUGUACCAGUCAGGUAUGGACCGGGUCGGCAACGAGCAUGACGGCGAGAGGAUAGCGCGGGUGUUCUUGAAGUUCAUGAGGGGUCAGCUUGGAUAGGACCUAGCGCUGUAGAAUGCAUAGAUAAAUACAACCAAGACUUGAAAUGUC